AGUCUUCCCUCGAUCCAUUCACCCGCACCAACAUCGAAAUGUCUCUCCCUACUCGCAAGCUCGGCGGUAAGCAGGUCAACUCCAUUGGCUUCGGUGCCAUGGGUCUUUCUGUUGGCUACGGAGAGACGGGCUCUAUCGAAGAUCGUUUGGAGCUCCUUGACGCCGUAUACGCGCGUGGUUGCAAGUUCUGGGAUACGUCUGAUGCUUACGAAGAUAAUGAAGAGCUGAUUGGGAAGUGGUUUGCGAAGACGGGCAAGCGCAAGGAAAUCUUCCUCGCCACUAAAUUUGGUCUCGCGGACAAGACCCGCUUCCCCAACGGCGACCCUGACUACGUGAAGGUCGCUUUCGAAGAUUCCCUCAAGAAGCUGCAGACCGAUUACGUUGACUUGUACUACCUUCAUCGCGGUGACCCGAAGGUCCCGAUUGAGAAGACAAUUGCUGCCAUGGCCGAGCUCGUGAAGGAGGGCAAAGUCAAGGCUAUCGGUGUCUCUGAAAUCUCUGCUUCCGCUCUCCGUCGCGCGCAUGCCAUCCACCCUAUUGCCGCGCUUCAAGUGGAAUACUCACCUCUCUGUCUUGACGUUGAGUUCGAGAAGUUGAACCUUUUCGCCACCGCAAAGGAGCUUGGCAUUGCUAUCGUCGCCUACUCCCCACUCGGUCGCGGCCUCCUCACGGGGUCUUUCCGCAAAGCGGAAGACGUGCCAGAAGGUCAUUACGCCAAGUACAUUCCCCGUUUCAAUGCGGACAACUUCCCAAAAAUCGUCAAGUUGGCCGAUGAGUUUGCAGAGAUUGGCAAGAAGCACAAAGCCUCGUCUGGUCAGGUCGUGCUCGCAUGGCUGCUUGCUCAGGGCGACAACGUCUUUGUCAUUCCUGGUACCAAGAAGGUCAAGUACCUUGAAGACAACUUGGGCGCCGCGAAGGUUACUCUCACAAAAGACGAGGUCAAGCAGCUCCGCACUCUUGCCGAAGAAAUCCACAAGACGGCCCCUGGAGAGCGGUAUCCCGGCGAGUUCAACGACCUGUCCUUCAUCGACACACCAGCGCUCGCUGAGGGCGAGAAAGUCGAACCCGUCGUCGUCGCCUCAUCCGCGUCGCCCAGUGGCUCGUCGUGGAAGAAGAGCAUCUCGAAGAAGUUCAAGAGAAUAUCGAAGGUCUUCAACUGACGUGCCGCCUGUUCCGCGCGCCGCGCAAGGGAGGCGGUAGGGGAGCAUUAUACCCGGCGAUAAUCCACGUCAUCAUCUCUCGCUCGUUGGUUGAUGGAGCUUUUGAUUGAUGCUUCGGCUGAUACCGUUUUAUACCACGUAUUCUCGUCUCAUAGUGCUAAUUCAAUAGUGUUACUUUUCCAAACUUCAGUGCACAAUGUUCAAACCGUGUCCGAGGGAUGCCGAAACUACAUUCAAUUGAUCUCGGUUUCGAUUCCGA